AAAUUGCAGGGGUGAUUCAGUGGGAUUGGCAGAGGUGCUUGAAGCGGAGUCCGAGUCGCCUCCACCAACCUCCAGUGCCGUGUCCAACAAGUAAACAAGUGCCUUUUCUUCAGAUCCCGUCACCGCAGGCAAGCCCUAACCUGUCUUCCCUCUGUUCGGACGCUCUUCCAGAGAUCCAUCCAUGGCUUCUUCUAGGGUUCUUUCCCCGCGCCUCUGGUCCCGGCUAUCUCCCCUCCUCCGCGCCGCCGUCCCCGUCACCCGUCAUUCUCCGCCGCCUGACCCCCCACUUCUCCUCCGGCCGUUUCCCACCCCUCCGCCCCCUGCCUCCCCCGCCGCCCUCUUCCUCCGACACCUGUCUACGGUCUCCCGCCGGCAUCCAUCCCGGUCCCACACCGUCGACAUCGGCGCCCGAGCCCGGCAGCUACAGAACCGCCGCCUCUGGACCUACGCUCUGACCUUCAGCUGCGUCGCGGGGUUCAUCGUCAUCGUCCUCAGCAACUUCCAAGAUCAGCUCGUCUUCUACAUCACCCCAUCCGACGCUAUGCAAAAGUUCGCCGCCAACCCUUCCAAGAACCGCUUCCGCCUCGGUGGCCUCGUCCUCGAGGGCAGCGUUGUCCAGCCCACCCCCACCUCCCCCGAGAUUGAGUUCGUCAUCACCGACCUCGUCACUGACAUCCUUGUCCGCUUCGAGGGAUCCCUUCCCGACCUCUUCCGCGAGGGCCACUCCGCUGUCGUCGAGGGUUUCUUGAGGCCCUUGAACGAAUCUGGUCGAUCGGCUCCUCUUGGAUCAGUGGUAUCGGAGAAGGCGAGGAGCGGAGAGUGUUUCUUCAAGGCAACCGAAGUGCUGGCGAAGCAUGAUGAGAAGUAUAUGCCCAAGGAGGUUGCAGAGGCGAUCGAGAGGAAUAAGAAGAAGAUCAAGGCGGAAUCAAUAGCAAAAGCCGCUGAGAAGACAAGUUGAGAUUGCUUCGCAACUCCAGGUCAUAUUCUACCUCUUCUACCGGCUAUUACUCUUCAAUAGAUGAGACAGUACGAAGAACUAAUACAUCCGGAUGCCUUCUGAGCUUCAAAAUUUUAACACUUGGAGCUCUGGAAGAUGCAGGGCAUAAUCAAUUUAAGGAAUUUUCUUCUGGCUGAGGACAUGAAAUAUUUCCAUCUAUUUCUAUGAAAAAAAAUCAGCUUUUAGAUAUAUGUCUCUUAGAAAUAAUGACCAACCUGUAUGAAGUGUUACUAUCUUUUGAAUUGCAUCACAAUUAAUUCAUUGUAUUUUCUGUCCUAGAUCAGAGACUUUUUUUGGCAUAGAAGUUUAUGCACAAUUGCUCAAGUGUUGUAGUUAUCACUGUAUGGUGAGAGUGCUUAAAAUAUUAAGUUUGUCUAUCUUCAA